AGCAAUGAACAAGUAUUAUUUUCUCGUACUACUCAACUCCAGAUUCGAUAACCCUUAUUUUUUCGUUGUUCCGUUACUAACAAGAAGAGGAUCUUUCGGUCGUAAGUCGAGAAAACAAUGAGCAGCAGCAGCAGGGGGCCAUCACCUAUGGUGCCUUUACUUGUAGUUGGAGCCCUGGGAAUGGUGAUUCUUGGUCCUAUACCCAUGACUGCCAUCGCCCUCUUGCUCUCGUGGUGUCUGCCAAUUUUUGGGUCAUCGUCGUCGUCGUCGGAGUAUGACGGGGAAGGGUACACUUUGGGAGCAUUGAUUCUGAUUCUCUUCUUCUUUGUGUUGUAUGCUCUCUUGAGAGGUGAUGGUAAUUAGCCGUGAGGAACUCCAAUUAAUAUUAAUGGGGUGGUGGUUUUGCAUGCUGCUUUACCACUUUUGCGUGUUCCCUUGUUUUCCGAGCUUCAAAGGUUGUUUGUAGAAGCUCUUCUCUGGCGAUGAGAGGUUGAACCUGAUGGCUGAUGGGAGUUACUGUAAUGUAAAUAGGGUAAACUUUGUUUAGGUUUUUCUGUUCCCUGUAUUAUCUGUAAGGGGUGAUAGUAUUUUAUGUCUUGUUCAUAAACUAUGUCUUGUUCAUAAACGUGCUCCUACAUGAUAUUUUUGAACUAAUAUGUUCUCUGACUAUGAACAUGUUUUCUUCUAUGAAAGUUUUCGUACCAUUUGGACCAUCUGGCUGUACGUGGGCACCGGGCCGUGCCGUCCACGGGCUAGCAUGGCAGAGCACGGGCACGAAAUACACGGGCCAGCCCGGCACGAGCACGAAUAAUUUAUGGGCCGUGCCGGGCCUAAACUUUAUGGGCACGGGCACGACACGGUAUAUAAGUGGGCCGUGUCGGGCCUAAUAUUUUCGAGACUUUAUUGAGUAUAAGAACGGACAUGGCACGAAAAUAAUAUUUAUUUGAUAGAAAAUAAAUAUAAAAAGAAUUA